AUGCUGCGCUCCUCAAUUGCUCCGGGUCGGCAGCUGCUGUCGGCCCCUGCUCGCCAACGGAUCCCCUCCCAAUGGCUGUCUAAGGCCGGUGCCAGCAGCCGGCUCUCGGGUCAGCGAUUCUUCGCCGACUCGAAGCCUCCCACCCCUGCCACCCCUUCCUCUGAGUCCGCCAUUCCUGUCGAGUCCAUCCCUAAGCCCGCCAGCCAAGAAUCCAAGGCUGCUCCUGCCUCGCCCGCGACUGCGCCUCGCAAGACUGGCCGAUUCCGUCGUUUCCUGCUCUACCUCAUCUUGACCUCCGGCUUCGCUUAUGGUGGUAGCAUCUUCUUGGCUCUCAAGUCCGAUAACUUCCACGACUUCUUCACCGAGUACGUCCCUUACGGCGAAGAGUGCGUGCUUUACUUCGAGGAGCGUGACUUCUACCGACGAUUCCCCAACGCUUCCCGACAGUCCAACCGCAUCCAGGGUGCUCCCCGCGACGAGGGCAAGUCCGUCACAAUCCCUAGCAAGAGCGGCCUGUCUUGGAAUGUCACCAAGGAGGAGUCUGGCAGUGAUGUCUCCAAGAGUGGCCCUCACAUGAGCUCCAAGGCCCAUGAUGCUCAGGUUAAGACCGAGGCCGCCAAGCCCGAGGAGAAGAAUGCCGCUGUUAUCCAGGCAAAGGAGGACAAGGCCUCCAAUGAUACCAAGAAGGAGGACAAGAAGCCCGUCUCUCUCGAUGAGCCGCGCCAGCCUGCUGUUGCCUCUAGCACCAUUGAAUUGCUGCAGACCCAGGCUGGUGACGACGGUGUUGUGCAGGAGCUGGUCAAGACCUUCAAUGACAUUGUUACUGUGAUCAGCGCCGACGAGAACUCCCAGCAAGCUAAGGAGGAGCUGCUUAAGAUUGGCGAGAAGAUCAGUGCUAUUCGCACCGAGGCCGCCAAGGCUGCCCAGGACGAGAUCAACAAGGCUCACACCACCUUUGAUGAGUCCGCACGGGAGCUGAUCCGCCGAUUCGAGGAAAUGCGCGAGACCGAGGUCGCUCAGUUCCGCGAGGAGUUCGAGGCUGAGCGUGAGAAGCUGGCCGGCGCCUACCAGGAGAAGAUCAACACAGAGCUUCAACGCGCACAGCAACUUGCCGAGCAGCGCUUGCAAAACGAGCUCGUUGAGCAGGCUAUCGAGCUCAAUCGCAAAUACAUCCACGAGGUCCAGGGUCUGGUCGAGCGUGAGCGCGAGGGCCGUCUCAGCAAGCUGAACGAGUUGACCGCCAGCGUCACUGAGUUGGAGAACCUGACUACCGGCUGGAGCAACGUCAUCGACACUAACCUGAAGACCCAGCAACUCCAGGUUGCUGUUGACGCUGUCCGCUCUACUCUUGAGCGCGCCGAGGUCCCCCGCCCCUUCGUUCGCGAAUUGGUCGCUGUCAAGGAGCUGGCUGCCGAGGACCCCGUUGUCGAGGCCGCUAUCGCCUCUAUCAACCCCACCGCUUACCAGCGCGGUAUCCCCUCGACUACCAUGAUCAUUGAGCGUUUCCGUCGUGUCGCGAGUGAGGUCCGCAAGGCUAGCCUUCUGCCUGAGGACGCCGGUAUCGCCAGCCACGCUGCCAGCAUGGUUUUGAGCAAGGUCAUGUUCAAGAAGGAGGGCCUUCCCGAGGGUGAUGAUGUUGAGAGCAUUCUCAUCCGUACUGAGCACCUUCUCGAGGAGGGUAAGGUUGAUGCUGCUGCCCGUGAGAUGAACGGUCUGCAGGGAUGGGCUAAGAUCCUGAGCAAGGAUUGGUUGGGUGAUGUGCGAAGGGUUCUUGAAGUUAAGCAGGCUCUUGAGGUCAUUGAGACUCAGGCCCGUCUCCAAUGCUUGCGCGUGGAGUAA